AUGCUCACGAUCAAUUUCAUCGAGUGUGACGACGAUAGUACCGAGACGAUCCUAUGUAACGGCGGCGUAGAGAAGCGGCGAGAAAACCCAGUCGGCCAAUGCUGGUCGAUGCCCAAAGCUCUCAUCACACGCAAACGAUUCAAACCUCGUACUAUGGGUGCGUCUGCUGUUGCUGUUGCUGCCGCUGCCGGUGCCGCUGCCGUGGUAGCAAUUGGCUUAGACUAG